GGCGCGAGCUCCAUCAGGCGGCUGAGGCUACUGGUGCGGCAGGCGGGGGUUGCUUUUCCUUCGUCCGGCUGUGGUGGCGGGAGGUGUAGGAACGCGUCGUGCAUAAAGCGUUCCCGGGGUGCGAACGGCAUCAACCCCGUGCAUCCUUCCCUCUCCAUCACUCAGAGAGGCUGCAAAGGAAGAGGAACUGCUGUCUUCACCUCUCUCGGAAUCCAGAAGUACCCCCUUUUUAUUUUCUUCUCUCCCUUCUGUCGGCGCCCCCCUCCCCCGGCUUCUUUCUUCCCUAUGCAUCGUUCUUGGAACCUUUGAUGCCCACUGCGAUUACCUUGGCUUGUUUUUAACCUAGUGCAGAAGAAGCGGACUGCUGCUGAUCGUCUCCCCCAUCCCCAUUCCCCCCCCCGCAUGCAAUUUUUCUUUCUCGCUUAGAAGGGCUGAACCCCCCUCCUCUCCCCUCCCCAGCCUUUGCCGCUGCUGGGUUUUCUCAUCUCCUGGGCUGGGAGGGAGGGAGGAGGAGGGAGAGGGGCUUUUCCUUGCCGUCGCCCCCCUCCCGCUUCUGCUUCAGUGGAUGGUGAAAGAAUUGAAGACCCUUGGAAGGAGAGACUGAAGAAGAGCAGCAACGAAGAAGAAAUAGCAGCUGCAACUGUGCGUCUUUCGUGGACUAUCUGGCAACCUGGUUUUAUUUUUUGAAAUAUUUUUGCACAAACAUGCUGCCCCACAGAGUAGAAGUGGGGCUGUUGCUGCUUUCACUAGGAAUUUUGCACAUGCUAAUAGGGAUCGCCCCUGUUUUUACUCUUGAAGUAGAAGACGCAAUCAAAGUGAAACCUCCCAAUUCCCCGCGUGCGGAGUGGGUGCUGCAGCCUAGACCUACACCGCCCAAAGGGAGAGACCCGAAUGCUUGGAACCGGCUGAAGGACCAGUCUUUUGCACCGAAGACAUGUAGCCCCAAACAAUUUGCCUGUAAAGAUCAGAUCACAUGUAUAUCCAAGGGCUGGAGAUGUGAUGGAGAGAAGGACUGUCCAGAUGGCUCUGACGAGUCACCAGAUAUAUGUCCACAUAACAAGGUGUCAAGGUGCCAUCCAAAUGAGUACAACUGCCUGGGUACUGAUCUUUGCAUUCCCAUGACCAAGCUUUGCAAUGGCGAACGUGAUUGUGUUGAUGGUUCAGACGAAGGCCCACACUGUAGAGAGCUUCUGGCAAAUUGUUCAAGUAUGGGCUGCCAACACCAUUGUGCCCCAACUCUGAAUGGACCAGUAUGCUAUUGUGACAGUUCCUCCCAAGUAGCUGAAGAUGGGAAAAGUUGCAAAGAUUUUGAUGAGUGUUCUAUUUACGGUACCUGUAGCCAAACCUGCACUAACCAUGAUGGUUCCUACACAUGCAGUUGCGUAGAAGGGUAUCUGCUCCAGCCUGAUCACAAAUCUUGCAAAGCCAAGAACGAACCAGUAGAACGACCACCCAUCCUGCUCAUUGCCAAUUCCCAGAACAUCAUGGCUACCUACCUGAAUGGCGGACCUGUCUCUAACAUCAGCCCCACCAGCACCAAACAAACUACUGCUAUGGAUUUCAACUACAUAGAAGACAAGGUCUGCUGGGUCCAUGUUGGCGACAGCUCCCCCCAGACCGUUCUCAAAUGUGCCAAAAUCCCUAAUCUCAAAGGGUUCGUUGAGGAAUGGACUAUCAACAUCUCUCUCAACUUGCAUCAUGUGGAGCAAAUGGCUAUUGAUUGGCUUACUGGCAACUUCUACUUUGUGGAUGACAUUGAUGACCGGAUAUUUGUCUGCAACAAGAGUGGGGUCACCUGUGUUACACUGCUUGACUUGGAGCUGUACAAUCCUAAAGGCAUUGCGCUGGAUCCAACAAUGGGGAAGCUUUUCUUCACUGAUUAUGGACAGAUACCAAAGGUGGAACGCUGUGAUAUGGAUGGGCAGAACCGUACAAAACUGGUGGACACCAAAAUUGUCUUCCCCCAUGGUAUCACCUUGGACUUGGUCAAUCGGCUUGUUUAUUGGGCUGAUGCUUACCUUGACUACAUUGAAGUUGUGGACUAUGAAGGAAAAAAUCGACAUACAAUUAUCCAGGGCAUUUUGAUAGAGCAUCUCUACGGAUUGACUGUCUUUGAGAACUACCUGUAUGCCACCAAUUCUGAUAACGCCAAUACUCAGCAGAAAACUAGCGUCAUCCGGGUCAAUCGUUUCAACAGUAGCGACUUCCAAGUGGUAACACGGGUGGACAAAGGUGGAGCUCUACAUGUCUAUCACCAGCGACGGCAACCCAAAGUGAGGAGUCACGCCUGUGAAGUGGACCAGUUUGGAAAACCAGGCGGCUGUUCUGACAUCUGUCUCCUUGGGAACAGUCACAAGACGCGGACAUGCCGCUGCCGGUCAGGAUUCAGCCUCGGCAGUGAUGGGAAGUCCUGCAAAAAGCCAGAGCACGAGCUUUUCCUGGUCUAUGGCAAAGGUCGGCCAGGCAUCAUUCGAGGGAUGGACAUGGGAGCCAAAGUGCCUGAUGAACACAUGAUCCCCAUUGAAAACUUGAUGAACCCCAGAGCCCUUGAUUUCCACGCAGAGACCAGCUUCAUUUACUUCGCUGACACUACCAGCUACCUGAUUGGCCGACAGAAAAUUGAUGGAACAGAUCGGGAAACAAUUCUGAAAGACGGCAUUCAUAACGUAGAAGGCAUUGCUGUGGACUGGAUGGGGAACAAUCUCUACUGGACUGAUGACGGACCCAAGAAAACCAUCAGUGUUGCCCGGCUAGAAAAAGCUGCCCAGACCAGGAAGACACUCAUUGAAGAAAGGAUGAUUCACCCACGAGCCAUUGUGGUGGAUCCCUUGAAUGGAUGGAUGUAUUGGACAGAUUGGGAAGAAGAUCCAAAGGACAGUAAAAGAGGAAAGAUAGAAAAGGCUUGGAUGGAUGGCACCAAUCGCAGUGUAUUCAUCACUUCCAAGACCGUGCUGUGGCCUAAUGGGCUGAGCCUGGACAUCCCCUCUAAGAUGUUGUACUGGGUUGAUGCCUACUAUGAUCGGAUUGAGAUGAUCAUGCUGGAUGGCACAGAACGCAAGAUGGUUUAUGAUGGAAGCGAGUUGAGUCAUGCCUUUGGGUUGUGCCACUAUGACCAUUUCCUCUUCUGGACAGAGUACCGAAGUGGUAGCAUCUUUCGUUUGGACCAGAAUACCAAGGCUGUUACACUGUUGCGCAACGAGCGCCCACCGCUCUUUGAGAUUCGCAUGUAUGAUGCUCAGCAACAGCAAGUUGGCUCUAACAGUUGCCGAGUGAACAAUGGAGGCUGCAGCAGUCUUUGCUUGGCUAUCCCAAGUGGCAGACGUUGUGCCUGUGCAGAAGACCAGAUUUUGGGACCAGAUUCUGUCACUUGUCAAGCCAAUCCAUCUUACGUUCCACCUCCACAAUGCCAGCCUGGGGAAUUUGCUUGCAAGAAUAGUCGAUGUAUACAGGAGCGAUGGAAAUGUGAUGGGGACAAUGACUGCCUGGACAACAGUGAUGAGGCACCUGAACUCUGCCAUCAGCACACAUGCCCUUCAGACCGCUUCAAAUGUGAGAAUAAUCGUUGCAUCCCCAACCGCUGGCUAUGUGAUGGGGAUAAUGAUUGCGGCAACAAUGAAGAUGAAUCUAAUUCCACAUGCUCUGCUCGUACGUGUCCCACCAACCAGUUCUCCUGUGCCAGUGGCCGUUGCAUCCCUAACUCUUGGACCUGUGACUUGGAUGAUGAUUGUGGGGAUCGCUCUGAUGAAUCAGCAUCAUGUGCCUACCCGACUUGUUUCCCUCUGACCCAGUUUACUUGCCACAAUGGCCGCUGCAUCAAUAUCAAUUGGAGAUGUGACAAUGACAACGACUGCGGGGACAACAGUGAUGAAGCUGGCUGCAGCCAUUCCUGCUCCAGCAACCAGUUCAAAUGCAACAGCGGGCGCUGCAUUCCUGUCCAUUGGACCUGCGAUGGGGACAAUGACUGCGGAGACUACAGCGAUGAGACUCAUGCCAACUGCACCAAUCUGGCAACCCGCCCACCUGGAGGCUGCCAUAUAGAUGAGUUCCAAUGCCGACUGGACGCACUCUGCAUUCCCAUGCGCUGGCACUGUGAUGGUGACACUGACUGUAUGGACUCUAGUGAUGAGAAGAACUGUGAGGGUGUCACUCAUGUCUGUGAUCCAAAUGUGAAGUUUGGCUGCAAGGAUUCUGCACGGUGUAUCAGCAAAGCUUGGGUAUGCGAUGGAGACAAUGAUUGUGAGGACAAUUCUGAUGAAGAGAAUUGUGAGGCUUUGGUGUGCAAACCACCCUCCCACACAUGUGCCAAUACAACAUCUAUCUGCCUCCCCCCUGAGAAGCUGUGUGAUGGAAAUGAUGACUGCGGGGACGGUUCUGAUGAAGGGCAACUGUGUGAUCUUUGCUCUUUGGGCAACGGGGGCUGCAGCCACGACUGUGCGGUAGCACCAGGAGAGGGCAUUGCCUGCUCAUGCCCUCUAGGAAUGGAGCUUGGUGCUGAUAACAAGACCUGCCAGAUCCAAAGCUACUGUGCCAAGCAUCUCAAGUGCAGUCAAAAGUGUGAGCAGUUCAAGUACAACGUGAAGUGCUCUUGCUAUGAAGGAUGGAUGCUGGAGUCUGAUGGUGAGAGCUGUCGCAGUUUGGACCCGUUUAAACCUUUCAUCAUCUUCUCCAAUCGCCAUGAGAUCCGGCGUAUUGACUUACACAAGGGAGAUUAUAGCGUCUUAGUGCCUGGCUUGAGGAACACCAUUGCCUUGGACUUUCAUCUGAAUCAGAGCUCCCUCUAUUGGACUGACGUGGUAGAAGACAAGAUAUACCGAGGGAAAUUGCAUGAGAAUGGAGCCCUAACUAGCUUUGAGGUGGUGAUACAAUAUGGGCUAGCUACUCCUGAAGGACUUGCUGUGGACUGGAUUGCUGGCAACAUCUACUGGGUGGAGAGCAACCUGGACCAAAUUGAAGUGGCUAAGCUAGACGGGACAAUGAGGAGCACCUUAUUGGCUGGGGAUAUCGAGCAUCCUCGUGCUAUUGCCCUAGACCCACGAUGCGGGAUUCUCUUCUGGACAGACUGGGAUGCCAGCCUUCCUCGCAUUGAGGCAGCUUCUAUGAGCGGCCAGGGCCGACGUGUCAUUCACAAGGAAACAGGGUCAGGCGGCUGGCCAAAUGGGCUCACAGUGGACUACCUGGAAAAGCGUAUCCUGUGGAUUGAUGCCAGAUCGGACGCAAUCUACUCUGCCCUCUAUGAUGGCACAGGCCACAUUGAGGUGCUUCGAGGCCAUGAGUAUCUGUCACAUCCCUUUGCUGUCACCUUGUACGGUGGUGAAGUGUAUUGGACCGACUGGCGCACAAAUACCUUGGCCAAGGCUAACAAGUGGACAGGCCACAAUGUCACGGUCGUGCAGCGAACCAACACACAGCCCUUUGAUUUGCAGGUCUAUCACCCCUCUCGCCAGCCUGUAGCUCCCAAUCCUUGUGAGGCCAAUGGAGGAAAAGGCCAUUGUUCCCACCUCUGUCUCAUCAACUACAAUGGGACUUACUCCUGUGCUUGCCCCCACCUGAUGAAGCUGGAUAAGGACAAUGCCACUUGCUAUGAAUUUAAGAAGUUCUUGCUUUAUGCACGCCAGAUGGAGAUCCGAGGUGUGGACAUAGACAACCCAUAUUACAAUUACAUUAACUCCUUCACUGUGCCUGACAUUGACAAUGUCACUGUGGUUGACUAUGAUGCUCUGGAACAACGUAUCUACUGGUCAGAUGUCCGCACACAAACCAUCAAGCGGGCGUUCAUCAAUGGAACAGGCGUUGAAACAGUUGUUUCUGCAGAUUUACCCAACGCCCAUGGCUUGUCUGUGGACUGGGUCUCAAGGAACCUUUUCUGGACCAGCUAUGAUGCCAACAAGAAACAGAUUAAUGUUGCCCGACUAGAUGGCUCCUUUAAGAAUGCUGUGAUUCAGGGACUGGACAAACCUCAUUGUUUGGUGGUUCAUCCUCUCAAAGGGAAACUCUACUGGACAGAUGGAGACAGCAUCAAUGUCGCCAACAUGGAUGGAAGCAACCGUAGUCUUCUCUUCACAAACCAAAAAGGGCCUGUUGGGCUCUCCAUUGACUACAAAGAAAACAAGCUCUACUGGAUAAGCUCUGGCAAUGGCACCAUCAAUAGAUGCAAUUUCGAUGGCAGCGAUUUGGAGGUGUUGGAGACUAUGAAGAACCAACUGCGCAAAGCCACAGCAUUGGCUAUAAUGGGUGAUAAGUUGUGGUGGGCUGACCAGGCCUCUGAAAAAAUGGGCACCUGCAACAAGAAAGAUGGAUCGGACGCAGUCGUAUUACGCAACAGCACCACUCUUGUAAUGCACAUGAAAAUCUAUGAUGAGAUCAUCCAGCAACAGGGUAUCAACCCUUGCAGUGUGAACAAUGGUGAAUGCUCACAACUCUGCCUUCCUACAUCAGACACUACUCGUUCCUGCAUGUGUACAGCUGGCUACAGCCUGAAGAGCGGGCAGCAAUCCUGUGAAGGUGUCGGCUCCUUCCUCCUCUACUCAGUACAUGAAGGUAUCCGUGGCAUCCCAUUAGAUCCCAAUGACAAGUCUGAUGCACUGGUGCCAGUCUCUGGGACUUCGCUGGCUGUUGGCAUUGAUUUCCAUGCUGAUAAUGACACUAUCUAUUGGGUGGACAUGGGUAUGAGCACAAUCAGUCGAGCCAAACGGGACCAGACCUGGAGAGAGGAUGUCGUGACCAAUGGCAUUGGCCGAGUGGAAGGGAUUGCUGUGGACUGGAUUGCAGGAAACAUUUAUUGGACAGACCAGGGCUUUGAUGUCAUUGAAGUCGCCAGGCUCAACGGUUCAUUCCGCUAUGUAGUGAUUUCACAGGGAUUGGAUAAGCCACGUGCCAUUACAGUACACCCAGAGAAAGGAUACCUUUUUUGGACAGAGUGGGGCCAGUACCCUCGUAUUGAACGUUCUCGGCUGGAUGGAACAGAGCGUGUGGUCCUCAUCAACAGCAGCAUCAGCUGGCCCAAUGGGAUUUCUGUCGAUUAUGAAGAUGGGAAACUUUACUGGUGUGAUGCUCGGACAGAUAAGAUUGAACGCAUAGACCUAGAGACUGGCGAUAAGAGGGAGGUUGUCCUAUCCAGUAACAACAUGGAUAUGUUCUCGGUAUCUGUCUUUGAGGAUUAUGUCUACUGGAGUGACAGGACUCACGCAAAUGGUUCCAUUAAAAGGGGCAGCAAGGACAACGCAACAGAAAUUGUGUCUCUACGCACAGGAAUAGGAGUACAGCUGAAGGACAUCAAGGUGUUCAACAGAGACAGGCAAAAGGGUACCAAUGUGUGCGCGCAGAAUAAUGGUGACUGUCAGCAAUUGUGUCUGUAUCGAGGAGCAGGUCAGCGGACAUGUGCCUGUGCCCAUGGAAUGCUCGCUGAGGACGGCGUAAGCUGCCGUGACUACGAUGGGUACCUGCUCUAUUCAGAACGGACCAUUCUCAAAAGUAUCCACUUAUCCGAUGAGAACAAUCUCAACGCACCCAUUAAGCCAUUUGAAGACAGUGAGCACAUGAAAAACGUCAUCGCCUUGGCCUUUGAUUACCGCCACGGCAGCAAGGGCAGCAACCGCAUAUUCUACAGUGACAUUCAUUUUGGCAAUAUCCAGCAAAUCAAUGAUGAUGGAACUGGGCGAAGAACUCUAGUUGAAAACCAUCAUGAGAUUCAGGUUUUGGGGGUAAAGGAGGAACAGGAAAAGCCAGGAAAACAGCAGGUCAGGGAAAAUUUGGGAGUUCAGCCAGUGGGAUAUGCAUCUUUGGGAUACCAGCAAUGGUGUAGUUUAGGGGAAGGAAAGAAAGGGCUAAAAAGAACAGUUCCUCCUAAAGCUAUUAAUACGUGCAUCUCUCAACAGAUAUUUACUUUAGGGCUGUGUACUAAGGUAAAUCCAGGUUUUAUGACCAUGACUAAGAUUCCAGUGGAAGGCGGGGUCGGGGAGAGGGGAACGAGCCUUUUUGUCUGG